UCUUUCCAUAACAUAACCCUCUCUCUCUCUCUCUCUCUCAAAAAUGCAACAAGCAAUUCCCAACCGUUCAUGGGUACCCAUUUCGUCUAGCAGCAGGAUGGACACUCAUCGGACCGUUGAUCUUGAUCGGAUCGAGAGCAGUACGAAAUCAACGGACAGAAUCCGAACCCUUGUGUCCGAGAACGCAGUGUUGGUGGUGGGCCGUCGCGGAUGUUUCAUGUGCCACGUAAUGAAUAGGUUGCUGUUGGGGCAUGGGGUGAAGCCUGUGGUGUAUGAGGUGGAGGAGGAGAAUGAGGUCGGCCCAAUCGAAGAGCUGGUGGGGACAUCUACUGAUGAGCAGCUACAAUUCCCAGCUGUUUUCAUUGGAGGGGCUUUCGUUGGGGGCCUUGAUCGCCUCAUGGCCGUCCAUAUUUCAGGCGAUUUGGUGCCCAUCUUGAAAAAAGCUGGGGCUUUGUGGCUCUGAUCGAUGCUUCUGCUCUGUUUUUUUUUUUUUUUUUUUUUUUUUUGUCCCCUUAUUUUUCGGUGAUUGAGAAAUACUCAUGUAGAUUUUUUAUUUUGUAUAAAAUAUAUGAUGCUCGAUCGAAAUAAACUAUCUUCUAUAUCCGACGCA